ACGGAGCAGCGAGGUGGCCGCCUCGCGCUCUGCCCUGAGGGUCCGAAUAGUCAGAGCUGCGGGAACCGAAGCACUGGAGUCGCUCAGGAGCUAAGCAGCGGCCAUCCCUCUCCCGCCUUGACCCUUAUCCGCGUCCUCUCUAAGGCCCAGGCGCGGUCCAGGCGGCCGCGCGCUCACGAGCCCGCCGCUUGCGGCGGUCACGCGCACGCACGCUCGUGCGCCCGUUCCCUGAGAACCCGGAAGUGCGAGGGAGAGGCGAGCCACGUGGGUGGAGCUGGAGCGCAGCUCGCAUGGGGGAGUCUAUCCCGCUGGCAGCCCCGGUCCCGGUGGAACAGGCGGUGCUGGAGACGUUCUUCUCUCACCUGGGUAUCUUCUCUUACGACAAGGCCAAGGACAAUGUGGAGAAGGAACGAGAGGCCAACAAGAGCGCGGGGGGCAGCUGGCUGUCGCUGCUGGCGGCCUUGGCCCACCUGGCCGCGGCAGAGAAGGUCUAUCACAGCCUCACCUACCUGGGGCAGAAACUAGGGGGCCAGUCUUUCUUCAGCAGGAAGGACUCCAUCCGCACCAUCUAUACUUCCCUGCAUAAUGAGCUGAAGAAGGUGGUGACUGGCCGUGGUGCCCUUGGGGGGACCGCACCUCACGUGGAAGAGCUCCUUUCCCACCUGUCAGAGCAGCUGUGCUUCUUUGUUCAGGCUCGGAUGGAGAUCGCAGACUUCUAUGAGAAGAUGUAUACCCUCAGCACACAGAAGUUCAUCAAUGCCGAAGAGCUCGUUGGCCUUUUAGACACCAUCCUCAAGAAAUACAGCUCCAGAUUUCACCACCCCAUCCUCAGUCCUCUGGAAAGCAGUUUCCAGCUGGAGGUCGACGUACUGAGUCAUCUCCUGAAGGCCCAGGCUCAGGUCUCCGAGUGGAAGUUCCUCCCGUCUCUGGUUAACUUACACAGCGCUCACACCAAGCUGCAGACUUGGGGCCAGAUCUUUGAAAAGCAACGGGAGACCAAGAAACAUCUGUUUGGAGGGCAGUCCCAGAAGGCCAUUCAGCCCCCACACCUUUUCCUUUGGCUGCUGAAACUCAAAAACAUGCUUCUUGCCAAAUUUAGCUUCUACUUUCACGAGGCACUGAGCCGACAAACGACUGCUUCAGAAAUGAAAACGCUGACUGCAAAAGCCAACCCAGACCUCUUUGGAAAGAUUUCCAGCUUCAUCAGGAAAUACGACGCUGCCAACGUGUCCUUAAUCUUUGACAACCAGGGUUCCGAGAGCUUUCAGGGUCAUGGCUACCACCACCCCCAUUCCUACAGAGAGGCCCCAAAGGGCGUGGAUCAGUAUCCAGCCGUGGUAUCUCUGCCCAGCGACAGGCCUGUCCUGCACUGGCCCAAUGUCAUCAUGAUCAUGACAGACCGCACGUCCGACCUGAACAGCUUGGAGAAAGUGGUCCACUUCUAUGAUGACAAAGUUCAGAGCACCUACUUCCUUACCCGCCCAGAACCCCACUUUACCAUUGUUGUCAUUUUCGAGUCAAAGAAAUCUGAAAGAGACUCCCACUUUAUUUCCUUCCUUAGUGAGAUCUCACUUGCCCUUAAGAACCCCAAGGUUUUUGCAAGUCUGAAACCUGGAUCCAAAGGUUAGAAGGUGAUUUGUGUGAAAGGUUUUCAAGACUGGAAAUUGUGUUCUUAAUUGCUCUAACGAUCUACAGUGGUCUGUGAUUAGAGUUUCCAUCCACCUGUGCUGCUUUCAGAUCUAAAUUAAAGACACAUCCUCCCUAAUUGUGUUGCACCCUUUAUAAGCAAUUAAGGCCAGCUGAAUACAUAGCCAAAGAGUAAGCUAGGUGAUCAUGGCUGCCGGUCUCCGUGGUACAGCAAGGUACUUUCGGCAUUUUCUCCUUUUUUCCUGUAUUUCAUGUAGAUUAAUAUUUAUUGGCCUUUGAUUUUUCUUUCCAGAUGUUUUAUAUUAUUCUAAACGUUGUGUUCCAGUACAAUUUCAAACGCCCUCUCCUUUCCCCCUCUUUCUGGAUGAAUAAUUGGGAUACGAUAUUAAAUGGCUUUUUUAGAAUCAAGGACU